AUGGAAGAGGAGCUAAAAGUCUACAAACGCAUCAGUAAUACAGCCACAGCACACCCUGGACGGUCUGCUGUAAGGUCUCUCCUGGACGCGUUUGAGAUACGCGGGCCCGGGGACCAACACCAGUGUCUUGUACAUGAACCGUUGUACGAAAACGUCACUGCGUUUCUUGGCCGAAACCCGGUCGGGAGACUGCCUAAAGUAAUGCUUGCUUACACCCUCCAUCGCAUUUUUAUGGCCUUGGACUAUCUGCACACAGAAUGUCAGAUCAUACAUACGGAUAAUAUCAUGUUCGAGUCCUCUGAUCAAUCCGUUCUCAUCGACGUUGAGCAGGGUGAACUCCAAGCACCUAGUCCCAGGAAAGAGCUAGAGGGGAGAUGCAUCUACACCUCACGGGAACUCAAAUUUUCAAAAUACAUGGGUCUUCCUGUGCUUUGCGAUUUUGGAACUACUGUUAAGGGCGGAGUACAACACUUGGAGGAAGCGCAACCGAAUAUAUAUCGAGCGCCAGAGGUCCUCUUGCAGGUCCCUUGGACGUACAGCAUUGACAUUUGGAACGUAGGCUGCAUGAUAUGGGACAUUUUCGAAGGCGGCUUCCUGUUCACCGGCAAAGAUCCAGAACUGAACAGGUACACAAAGCAGGCUCACCUCGCCGAAAUGAUCAGUCUUCUCGGCCCGCCGCCGCCUGAGUUUCUUGCACGAGGUCAGCUGAGCCACAAAUUCUUCACCGACGGCGAAUUUUCUGCCCCAGGAACGGUGAACACGGUCACGCUGGAGCAAAGGGAGACAUCACUCAGCGGCGAGGACAAGGCCGACUUUCUACGCUUUAUGCGGCGAAUGCUGCAAUGGGAGCCUGAGAAACGCAGCUCAGCAAAGAGCCUGGCCCAAGAUGACUGGAUUAUCAAGCAGAUAAAGCAGUAG